AUGGUGAAGUUUGACGGGGAUCUAUUCGCAAAGAACGAGCGCGCAAUUGUUCUGGUGUACGACCCGAAACACGAGCUUACUGGUUGUGUGUUCGAGUCGGAAACAGUUGCCGGGUUUGCGGCGCAGAAUCUGCUGAGUGUCAAGGUGGUGCAGCUUUAUGGCGGCCCCCCCCGGUGCAGCAUCCCGUCGACGACCGGGGUGGUGGACACGGUCAAGGCAAUACACCGAUACUGGUUCAUGAAGGACGCCAUGGACAGCAACGAGUGGAAGAAGAAGGGGGAGGUACCGCGACCGUCACUUCCCGACGUGCUGAAGAGGCUGGAACUGGCGUGCAAAUUGACGUCGUCGACGGCUAUUCAGAGGAGCUGGUGGCGCGCGGGUUGUGUGCCGACGGCGUGGGUGUCGCUGAUGAAGCGCCUGGAUGGCGCCGGCGCGGCUUUGAUGUUCGAGCCCAUUGUCAGCGAGCUGACAAUGCUGCAGAUGGCUAUUGAGAAUUUUAAGAGGGCCCCUGGGCCACUGUAUCGGGACGUUCGCAGCCGGCGAAGGGUCGUGCGGAUGGUGGCGGGCGAGUACAGUCAGGAGGCGGACAAAUUGGGCAUACCAGUGUGCCAGGUGCCCGAGGCCAUGGGCGCGCAUAACGAGGAGGUGAUAAGCCGCCUUCGAACGACGCCAACGAAGCGUGCUCGUGACGGAAGUGCGGCAGGCGGCCAGCCUAGUGGGUUGGCCGAGGGGAAGGAAGAUAGUGUGGUGUGCGACGAUGGUAUGCCUGGCGGAAUCCUCUGA